UUAGAUGAAAUUAUAGAACAGAGACGAAAGACUACAAAGGAGGAAAUAAAGCGAGAAUUAGAACAGGAGCAAAAAUUGCUUAACAUGGAUGGACCAUGGGGCAAGCCCGGACCAGGCGGAACAAUUUGGCGGCACCCUCGCAACAUUGGCUUAAAUUUCUCGAAGUCUAUGGGUUGGACCGACAACGAAAUUUUUAGUAAAUUAAAAGGGGAUCAAAGGGGCGUAAAACUUUCUUCGCUUACUUUACCUAAAGUAAAGAGAGACGAUGAUACAUAUGGGGAAACACCGGACAAAGAAAAUAUUAAACCAUCUCUAAUUGACAAGCUACCACACAUUAGUUAUAACGAUAGUCCAACUGGAAGUGGCCGAGACAGAAGAAGAGAAAUGGAUGAAAAAGUCAAAGCUAUUUAUGGCACUAACCGUAAAUACAAACGUAGUCCUAAGAAGAAAAAGUUUAUCAAAAGAUUAUCUAACGGCGACAAAGUAAGCAGAGUGUGUCUUGAUGAGUACGAUAAUUAUAUUGAAGGCGAUGUUGUAACUCAAAAGAAACUCACGCCCGAAGCAAAUAUUUUGAGGGUUACAGGAGGUAUAGAGCUGGUGCCGUUACUCGCGAGGAGAAGGCGCGUCGGCGCGAGAACUCUGCCUUCCAGCGAUGUUACGAGACCUCCGGACCAACCGUGUCAAUGGCGUGAACUUCAAGUUGAUUAUUUGAGAGAGCUCAAACGUCAAAUGCGUGUUAAAUGCGAGCAGAAAGAGGAGAGUCGUCGAAAUUCCGCGGAGAGUGUCAAACAACACCACGCCACAUGGGCUUCGUUGUGGGGGCGCCCAGGACAUGGAGCCCCACAGCAACGCGGACGAUAUGCUCGAAGUAAUCUGGCGCAGUUGCUGUACGUCCAACCUUUGUCCAAUACACAAUAACUAUCACCAAUAAUUGGAGCAAGUUGAUGAAGACUUCGUACCUCAGUUCAUUAUUGUUAAAGUAGUUAUAUACUGACCUGUUAUUGGUCAAAUGAGAAGGCCAAUAGAUGGUAUCUCGUAGCAUAAUCUUUCUAAACAUAUCUCAAACUUGGAGCUUCUUAGAAGCUAUAAAGAGAUAAUGUAAUGCGUAAAUGAAACUUUCCCAAGAAUGUAAAACUCAUUAAACGCAUACAUAUUACAUACGUAUCGAGUGCAGCACAUAAUAUCAAAAAGUAAGUUAUGUUUCAUGCAAUUCCUUAGAAGUUAAUUCACUUACUUAGUUUAUAUUUCAAAGAAAUUAGUAUGAUAAUAUAGAUUAUAUAUAGUGCCAAGUGGAAAUAUAUUAAUUUAUAGGGAUGUCACUGCGUGUAUAGUAUAUAAAAAGUAUGUUAAAAAAGAUAUUAUGUAACUUAAUGCGUUCUUGUAACGAUGGGUUAUGGUAGUGCAUAUCGUAAGAGUAUUGUGUCAAUAUUAUGAGGCAUCUUAACACAGGUAGAACGCACAAGGUAGCGUUAACUCUCCACAAAUUACUUAGAAGCGUGUGUUAAUAGCGAAGAUUAAUUGAUAUGGACAUUUCGCCUUAGAUAUGUAUGUAAUUUUGCCUGCUGGGUAGAAAUAAAAAUAGCGGUUAAUAUGCGAAUAUAGCUUGCAUUGUGUAAUGUUUAUAUUAUGUAAUUGAAUUCAUAAUAUUAUGAGUUAAAUGUGUUACAGUAUCUAUCUACAGGAUUUGUUUUUCAGAUUUUAGCCUUACCCGUUACUCAUGUCUAUAUUUUAAUAAUAAUAAAUGAACUGAACUAUUUAUAGUGUACAGUUAUCAAUAACAGUUUACAUUUUGUUUUUAUUUCCUUUCAACAUGAAGAUAUGUAUGUAAAUCUUAGAUAAGAAAACUUGUA